AUGCCUCGCGGAUACGGUAUCGCCGACACCAAGAACUGGACCGACUUCAAGGUCUACGACUUCGAGCUCAAGAAGGAGACCGAUGACGAUGUCGAGGUCGCCAUCACCCACUGCGGUGUCUGCGGUUCGGAUGUCCACACCAUUUCGGGUGGCUGGGGUCCUCUGAGCCACGACUUUUGCAUUCCCGGUCACGAGAUUGUCGGUACCGCCACCAAGGUCGGCAAGAACGUCAAGGGUAUCAAGGUCGGCGACCGUGUCGGUGUCGGCGCCCAGGUCGACAGUUGCGGUGAAUGUGUGCCUUGCAAGGACGAAGAGGAGCAGUACUGCCAGGGUAACGAGAAGAGCGGCAAGGGCCUCGUCGACACCUACAACGCCAACCACCACUGUGGCACUCCAGCACAGGGCGGCUACUCGACCACCAUCCGCACCCAGCAGCAGUUCGUCUUCCCCAUCCCUGAUGGCAUCAAGAGCGAGCACGCCGCUCCCAUGCUGUGCGGUGGUCUCACCCUCUUCUCGCCCCUGAUCCGCAACGGUGCUGGUCCUGGUAAGCGCGUCGGUAUCGUCGGCAUUGGCGGUCUGGGUCACUUCGGCGUCAUGUUCGCCCACGCCCUCGGUGCUGAGGUGGUCGCCAUCUCUCACUCUCCCCGCAAGAAGGAGGACGCUCUCAAGAUGGGAGCCAAGGAGUUCGUCAGCACGGGCGAAAACCCCAAGUGGGCCGAGGAGUACAAGUCGAAGCCGUUCGACCUGAUCAUCAACACGGCCUCGUCCAACGCCGUCGACCUCGCCUCGAUCCUCAGCACGCUCAAGGUGCACGGCCGCCUGAUUUGCGUCGGCAUGCCCGAGGACGUCUUCAAGGUGCGCAUCCAAAACUUUGCUGGUAACGGCUGUCUGAUGGGCUCGAGCCACAUUGGUAGCAAGAAGGAGGCCUUGCAGAUGCUGGCGCUUGCUGCUGAGAAGAACAUCCAGCCUUGGGUCGAGGUUCUGCCCAUGAAGGACUGCUCCAAGGCUGUCAAGCGCGUCGAGGACAACGACAUUCGUUACCGAUUCGUCCUCGAGCAGGAUAUCGAGGAGAACUAG